AUGGAGAACUUCAAUAAGAUCGUGGCGGCAAGCACAGCCCGAGGGGCCAAUAUCGUACCUGGCUGCAUCCUGGGAGCGGUUGAUAAAUCCGGAGAGCCUUUCUAUCUCAAAGCUGCUGGAGUCAGCUCCGUCACCGAGGAUGCUACUCCAAUGGAGGCAAAUGCAACCUUCUGGGCAGCCAGUUGCACCAAACUACUAACUACCAUUGCAGCUCUGCAAUGCGUGGAACGCGGCCAAAUCGCCUUGGAUGAAUCGGUCUCCAAGGUCCUUCCCGAACUUGCUGAGCCCCAAAUCAUCUCAUCGGUCGGAGAUGGAACCAGCCAAACGAGCAUUUCCUUCAUGUUGAGACCCGCAGCAAAGAACAUUACGCUCUGGCAUCUACUCACCAAUACAAGUGGUAUUGCUUAUGACAUGGUUCACCCAGAGCUGCUCGCAUGGCGCGCAUCCAGAGGAGAAUCACCUAUGGGCUUGAGUGGGAAGGUGAAAAAUGGAUAUAUGGGGGGUGGAUAUGACUGGGCAGGGGUCCUAGUUUGUCGUUUGAACGGAGGCAUCACACUGGAAGAGUAUAUGCAGCAGCACCUAUUCCAGCCAUUAGGCAUGAAAACAACGACAUUUCGGGCCGCGAAGCACACUGAGAUUACGACACAUUUAGCGGCCAUGUCGCAGAGACAGGAAGAUGGAAGCUUUCAACCAGCACAAAGCCCGUGGCCAAUCGACGCUGAAGAAGACAGUGGAGGAGCGGGAAUUUAUUCCUCUGUGCCAGACUAUAUGAAAGUCCUCGCUGAUCUUAUCAGCGACAAUCCUAUUAUCCUGAAGAAGGAAACAGUUGACCUGAUGUGCACCCCGCAAAUCACGGCGGAAUCGGCAAUGUUGAAGGAUCCCUCAGUUUCACAGGUCAUUGCCACUAUGACCGGCAUUUCGGAUAUCUCAGCUGGCGUUACCUGGAGCCUUGGUAGCGUGUACAUGACAGAAGAUGUCGGCGUCAUGAAGAAGAACACAUUAGUCUGGGGCGGAAUGGCGAAUCUGGUCUGGUUUGCCAACAGAGAACGCGGCGUUGCCGGGAUAUUUGCUAGCCAACUCCUGCCACCGGGUGAUGCCAAGUGCUUUGACUUGGCGCUGCAAUUUAUUGAUCAUAUAUUUUCGUUAGCUUCGAGCAAAUAG